AUGGAGUAUUCUUGCUCGGCUUUACUCACCGAUAACCCGGACUUGCGCCAUGGGGAAAUGCCAUCACCACGGAAGUCUAUCAAGCACGGCUAUUUGGAUCCAGUUCCAUUAGCUACUUUUGGUAAAGCACCCUACUUUACACGGGCUUGUUCUGUUGAUUACGCACGCACUAUAGCUGCUUCAAAGUUGUCUUCAGUAACCAGGGGUCCUGUUGAUUUAGAUGGGUCAUCGGCGCUACGCACCAUAGGACCAGGUCCAGCAAUGUCUUCAUUUUCCCAUGGGUUGUUUUUGCACUUGACCCCCGGAGAAAAAUCUAUGAGAUUGCCCACUUCGCGAAAUGCAGUGGACACUGUGAUUUCAACCUUUACUUUAGAGCAUUAUAUUGUGAGCCGUUUUAAACCAGCGGUCCGCGGGCAAUCAAUGUCGCGACCACUCCGCACAGUUUUUGUGGUGUUGGUUUUUAUCCCGUUUCUGUUUACUGCCUUGCUGUUUGGAUUACACUAUUGGCUAAGCACAAGAUUAAUAUUUUAG